AAUGCUUAGCUAUUUUUUCGGAAAUUUCAGACAUUUUUAAGAUUACCUAACGAUCGUAGAAAUAAAUUAAGGCUUCAAUUACUUCGGUUUUAGGAAUUUGUAGAUAGCAAAUAUUUGUACCUCCACGCUUUCAUCACACCUUUAUAUACCUAACUGACGUUCCUUCCUCUUUGCUGCCUUUAUUCGCGUUUUCGUAAUUAACUUUCUUCAAGCCUCAUGGCACUUCUGCUUCAUGCCUGAUUCCUGACUCCUCCACACCUUCUUCUUUCAUGUCUAUUAAUUUUCUUUGCGGUCCUUUAAGAUAUCUUUGAUGCCAUCUGUACACGUUUUUGAUGCAGUUUACGCCUUGAUCUUUUCAACUUUAGACUUCCAUUUUGGAUCUUCCUUACACUUCAGCUUCUUCACACACCAUUCCCUCACCAUACCUUCAUACUUAUUUCAUGUUGCCUUCGCGGUACUUGCUCGCCUUCUUUACACUUUCUUUCGCCACAUCUCCUUUUCUUUUACGUCUCUUCCUUUCAUUGACGUUCCGUUUCUUUACAUCUCUCUUUGCCAUGCUCUUUUUAGGCGUCUGUUAAUUUUUCAAAAUGACGCGACUCCUUCUUUUGGCGUUAUCCCUCGAUCACGGCGACUUUAUGUCUCCUCUUUUGAUUUCUUUGUUUCUCGAUUUUCUCUCACUUUUUUUACCAAGUCUGACUUAACUCUUAACUCUUUCUCGCUCUAGCAUUCUACACGUCACCCUAGCAAUACAGUUCUGUAUAAAAAGCGUUUAUUGUAAACUACGCCGCCGUCAGGUCCCAUAACAUUGUAGAUCCCGUUCGUGGAUCCAUACUGCCACGAUUUUUAAAUAUUAUCAAGCGAUAGUCAUGAAAAACUAUCUGACAGAAAGAAGUUGAGAGAUCAGUGUAUUGAUCGAACAAUUUCCACCGAGAAAAUUGAGCAAGGAGAAAUAUUCUCAGACUUUAUGUAUAAUGGAGCAGUUUACUGACAGUGACGGUUUAAAUUGUAAAAGAUAAUUGAGUGUAUUGUUCAUUGCUAAUAGCUUUAUUUUCUUUAAAUAUAUGCGGUGAGUAUUUAGGUAGAACAUUGGCUUGAAAGCACAGGAAAUCCCUUCUAAAACGUAACUACACCAUAAUAUGACACUUGACUGAUGACAGGAACCCGAUUUGGUAGAUUGAUAAAAUUAGUACACAAUUAACUAAAUCAUUUAUAAUUUACCCUAUGACAGCAAUAUGUGUGGAUAAUGUUUGUGUUUCGCGCCAUAAAGACCUUUAUACAUAAUUACAUUAAAUAGAAUGAUUAAUGGCUGUUUUCUUUUUAAAGCAUUAUUAUUUCGUCUGAUUUAUUAAAGGGUACCUACCUAUCUGUUUGAAGGAAACUCAAAUUAAUAUUAGUUGGGUACAUUCGUUGCAUUAUCCCUUACGUUGUAUUAGGAAGAACCUUUCGGAUAUCAAACGAUCAAGUGCCGAAUAAGAAAGGUGAAAUAAGUACCCAUCAAAGAAUGUUACAUUCAACUCACCAAUUACAUUUCAAAUUUGCAAAUUGACCCCUACCUGCUAGGAAGAUUUGCGGUUGGUCCGCAAAAUUCUGCCUACAAUGGUACCUAAUGAAACUCUUGUUUUCUACUUCAUAACGAAACCAGUCUUUGAAAACUGGUUGCAGGGGGGGGGGGCAUGACACCGGGUACUAAAACUGCUAGAUUUGUUCAAAUGAAUUUUGAUGAAGCAACUGGUCCUUUUUCUCCACGAAAGUAAAAAUAAAAGCAUAUUGUCACUUAUAUUUUGAUUCAUAUCUGGAAUUUGUUGUUUCCACACAAUGCGUAUCUUCAACAUGCGUCAAUUAUAUCAUCUCUUUCUCUGUAACAUGUGACGCAGUUCAGUUACAGCUGGACUGUGGUGCUAAGGGUCCCUAGUUCGAAUCCGGGUUCGGGCAUGGGUAUUUGUGAAUGUAUAGUGGGUUGGGUUGGUAGAGCACCCUUGUCUGAAACCCCGCCCACUCAAAAAUAAAGGCAAAAUGAAAUAAAAAUAAAGUAAGUAUGAUUAGAUAUGGAAUUUUCAAUUUCACGUUACAACUAUGUACACAACUUUAAUCGAGAUCAAUUUUACAUGAUUCAUUGUUUUCGUUUUGGGCUGAUUUUUGCGCUAAGUUCCACGAUUUGUACGUCAAAACUAUAUUUCAAAAGGUACCCCCCCCCCCCAGAAGGGGGUAGGGUCCUUACUUGCUUACUCGAAGUUCUGCAGUGUUUUUCUAUGCGAAGGUAUUUGUACGCAAACCAACGCGAUAACUUAAAGUACAAAGGCAGCACAAUAACAACACACGCGCUACCCAAAUAUGAUGUAGAUUAUUAAUAUGCGAAUAAAAAAAACUAUUUUAUUAUCUUAAAGUAACAACAAAUUGAAAUAGGUAUCAAUAUAUCGAAAAAAUUAAUGCAUGUACUGACAAGCAAUAAAUAGAAUAUUUUUCAAAACACUUCGGGCGACAAAAUUUUGUAUGAAGGUGGUUUUUAAAAUAAAAAACCUCAAAUGGUGUCUCAACGUAUGGGCUGUCGUUACAAUUUUUUUCCGGAAAAUUGUACCCGAAUAGACGCGUCGAAGUUACAUCCUGCUUUGUCUGAAAUGCUUACCAGCAAAAAUUUGGCGUUCCUGAGUAAGUAAAAACAAAGAGUCCGAACCAUUGCUUGUUUGGGAGAUGCGUGGUAACCCGCCUUUUCUGAUCUGGUCUUUAAACUCCAAAGAGUACAACGGGCGCACCAACGCACAUAAAUACCUAUGGUAGGCCAUUACGGCUAACUUUCAUUUUGUGAUGAUCUGGUCCUUUCAUUUUGUCGGGAAUUAUUAAGGGUUGCAAAAUACUUUUUCUCACAAAAGUAACAUAACGGCGUUUACCAAGACAACCAUCGAAGAUACUAAGUUGUAUAAAGAUGCAAUUAAUGAAACCAUUUAGUUGGAUGCAAUUUCGGAAUGCUGUAUCAAGUAGGGUUUUAGCUUGUAUGCCCCUCUUUCGUUAUUGAGAGACACAAUGAUCUGUUUUAUUAUGAUUUAAGAACAUUUAAAUAAGUAUCUAGUUAUAGCACUUUAAAACGAAGGAUUUCCCACGUUAUUAACAUUAUCAAAGGGACUAUGUGGCAAUUUUGGUGUGAGAAAAUUUCUUACUAAGCAUAGGAUAAUUUUGUCGCUAAUGCGCAAUCCAGAAGAACUCCCCCAAAUACGGAUUUUCGAGAAAAUAGUUUACUCUUGACAUAGACUUGUCUGUCACGAGACUGAGGUAUGUGUCUUGGAGACCCUGAGCCGUACGCGGUCGAUGCCUCCACAAUUAUACCUGGAGCCAUUUUUCUUUUAUGCCUUCCUUCCGGUAGCUGUUCUAUUAAAGGUUUUGUUAACAUACGCGCCCUUCGUUUGCUCUAUUUAAGUAAUUGUGUGAAAAAUCAAGUAAAUUCACUAACAAGAUACCCUUUGUUUUUAACAGUAGCAACGCACACCCAAAAGUCGGAACUCAGCAAUUGAAAAUCUUCAUUCUUAGUAUGAAGAUGUCAUUUAAGACUAAAAGGCGAGCACAAUUUGGUAUGCCAAGGAAAACUUUCUUCUGAGUAUCAAGUUAUAACCCCCAAAUUCCGCGUCUUCGUUAGUAUUAACGCACAAAACGUUGUCCCACAAAUCAGCAGAAAACUAGCUGAAAUUAACAUGUUAUGGACGUUUCUAUAGUUAGACAUGGGGGAACAACAAGAAAUGAUGCAAAUGAUAGUAAAGUUUUAUUUUAUAAGAUCUACGAUAAGUAAUAAACCUCUGUUAUUACAAUAGACUAGACGUAAAGACCAAACACUUUUUUACGGACGAUCUCCAGAAGGAAAAAUACCAACAUGGUUUUGGGGGGAUUUAGGUCGCAAUCGAUAUUGUGAGUUAGAUUUAUCGGUAUUAGGCUCCUCUGUCUAUACUUACUGUUUGAACAACUUUGUUGGUUGCACGUUAUCCCAGUGAUCCCAUAAUACUAUCAAAAUUAGGUUUGUCCAACACUAAAUUAUGGUUUUUUAAUUGUAAAGGGCAUAUUUCUUUUUCAAUUUGUAACUUUAUAGCUACUCAAAAUCGAGUCUCGGGCAUAAACGACAUUCACAAUUUGUUUAAAAUGUUCAAUCAAAUGUUAAUUUUUGUGGAUGGUUUCAAAACUACGAGCUGCGUCAAUGUUGUGAACCUUGCUGGGCAAACAGUUUCAUUCAGUAGGAAAAAUACGGUAUAUGACAUGCAUGAAGCUGUCGGGUGUAAUCGUGUUCACACACCUUCACCUACAAGAUGUAUACAUUUGUUUUGCACAAAUUUGAAUUAUUCUCAACCUUGGCCAUUAAUGGGCUAAUUCAAAUACGCUACACAAUCUCACGGAUUAGGAAGGUAGAUCUCGAUUAAACAGUAACUUAUUUAUACUCUUAAUCGUGCGUGAUGCACAUUUUUGUUAUAAUUUUGGUAAGCUAGAAACUCCCAUACGCGCAUAUUGUUCUUACUCUUCUGACGAUUUGUGAGCCGUCUGCGGAAGCCUGUUUCUACACUCUCCAUUCCUGGCGCAGUAAAAAACUCAAGCAGAGAUUCGACAAGUGGUCGAGUACAGCCGGAAGAGUCGGGAGUUGCAUUAGUGUCGCACACGGAGUAUCCGCGAUUCAUGGAGGAAAGGCCGACCGGACCAGGUGUUUAUAAAGGACCAUCAUCUGGUAGCCUAAAACAUAAACCUAAUGUAGGUUACCGGUUAGGACGGCGUAAAGCUUUGUUUGAAAAACGGAAAAGAAUUAGUGACUACGCGCUCGUUAUGGGUAUGUUUGGAAUUAUAAUUAUGGUAAUCGAAAACGAACUUUCAAGUGCUGGAGUCUAUCGUAAAGACGAAUUUUACUCAAUUGCGCUCAAAACAUUGAUAUCUGUAUCGACUGUGAUUCUUCUAGGCCUCAUAGUUGCCUACCACGCUUUAGAAGUACAGCUUUUUAUGAUAGAUAAUUGUGCAGAUGAUUGGCGAAUAGCAAUGACAUGGCAGCGGAUUGGCCAAAUCUCAAUGGAGCUUGCUAUAUGUGCUGUGCAUCCAAUUCCUGGAAACAAUCAGUUCGUUUGGACAACAAAGUUGGCGAACAAGAAUGGUGGAAUUGGAAAGAAAUGUGUUCCAUACGAUGUGCCCUUGUCUCUACCGAUGUUUCUACGACUUUAUUUAAUAUGCCGCGUGAUGCUUCUCCACAGUAAACUGUUUACCGACGCGUCUUCUAGAAGCAUCGGUGCGCUAAAUCGGAUAAAUUUUAAUACGAGAUUUGUGCUUAAAACGCUUAUGACAAUUUGUCCUGGAACUGUUUUGUUAGUGUUUAUGGUGUCACUUUGGAUAAUAGCUAGUUGGACUCUACGGCAAUGUGAAAGGUUUCACGAUGAGGAGCAUGCAAAUCUCUUAAACGCCAUGUGGCUUAUUGCUAUAACGUUCCUUAGCGUCGGUUUUGGUGAUAUUGUGCCAAAUACUUACUGCGGAAGAGGAAUUGCAGUUAGUACAGGCAUUAUGGGUGCUGGAUGUACGGCACUUUUAGUAGCUGUAGUUUCGCGUAAACUGGAAUUAACAAGAGCUGAGAAACAUGUGCAUAAUUUUAUGAUGGACACUCAGCUCACGAAGCGACUCAAAAACGCCGCCGCGAAUGUUUUACGAGAAACAUGGCUGAUAUACAAACAUACAAGGCUAGUGAAAAGAGUAAAUCCCGGUAGAGUACGCACUCAUCAAAGGAAAUUUCUUCUCGCAAUUUAUGCAUUAAGAAAGGUAAAGAUGGAUCAGAGAAAAUUAAUGGAUAACGCUAAUACUAUUACCGAUAUGGCCAAGACCCAAAAUACAGUGUACGAAAUUGUCUCGGAUAUGAGUACAAGACAGGAUACGUUAGAAGAUCGCCUAGCGACUGUAGAAGAUAAAUUGGUGACACUACAAGAGCAGCUAGAUCUACUUCCCGAUCUAAUUGCUACACGCAUUCAGGCGCAGGCGGAGAAAAUGGAACAAAGGAGGAAUUUUUUGCAUCCAGAGUCAGCGGUCGGCCUCCAACAAGCCAGAAGCGUUCCGCCUGCAUGUCCAUGGCCUGGGCCUACAUUGCCACCCUUAGGCAAGUCUCCGACCACGUCUACAUCACAAAGCUGAUUGCCCUAUUAUGGCGACUUUACUACCCAGUUGUUAAUUAGGUAUCAACUUUUAUUGUGUAUCGUAAAUAAUUAAAUUGUUAAUUUUUUUUAAUAAAAAGGCGUAACGAUAUCUAUCGCACACAGAAGUUAACUUUGAACAAAGGUGUAGGUAUCUAAGAUACUAUUAUGUAUAAUACACAAUAAAAGUAGGAGUUUUUAGAGCCUUGACUAUGUGCAGUAUUAGUUUUUAAUUAAGAUAAGUACUUUUACAGAUCACAAAGCUAGUUUUAGGUACUAAUAAGUUAUUUAAUCCAGAAUCAUCGACACUGUAAAUGCCAUAAUCAUACAAAGUAAGCCUUUCUAAUUUCAAGACUGAUUUGUUUUAAAAAAUAAUAACACAACAAAUCGUUAAGAACUAGGAUUGAUAAUACUUAAUUAGGUAAGUCACUUUUAGUAAGUAAAACCGAAACAUAUUGGUACCCGGUGGUUUUGCCGCGUAUUUAUUGUGUAUGAUUAUGGUAUUCGGCACAAAAUAAAUCGUCAUUUAGUUACAAUCAACAAUUACUAGCACGCAUGUGUUGUGGAUCAUAUUAAGUAGAUUUAUUUAGUAGGUACUGAUAAAAUAGUGUAGAUAGAUAAAAAGGAUUGCUCUUUAUUAUAGUGAGUAAAUGACCUACCUUGUGAUUAUUACAUUUAAAAAGUUAAUUAGAUUAGUUAAUUUAGUAUUACUUGGCAUCUAUAACUUAUUUUGUACCUGCAUCGAGAUAUUAAACACAACGGCUAAUUAAACGUUUAUACACGUGUUAUUCCUUUAAUUCAACAAAGGGUACAUAUUAAGCGAAGGGCACAAAAGUGACAUCGAAGUAAAUGGCAACUAAUGUUAUAGAUGAAUGUAGGUGCCAUACGUUUUCUAAUUGUGCGCAUUUUUUUAAUUAUUAUUAGAAGUUUUAGAUCCCAAGUACCUACAGUGAUAUUUGGUUCAUAAUUAAUGGUAAGCUUAUUCUUACAAGGAUAUUUAUGUUAAAACAAUGCAUAAGUUAAUGCGCAGUACUUCCACAAAUUUACAACAAUAUAAGUUUCCUUGUAAUAAUACCUUUAAAAAUAUAAAAAGAGGAAAAUAUAGUGGAAAUACCGGUGUGAUAGUGUAAUGGUGCACCUUAAGCAUUAUAUAUUCAGAGGUCCAAAUUGUUAAACUGUUAGUGUUUUCUGCAAUUUCACAAGUUUUAUAAGCAUAUAUUAUAAUAUGAAUUCAUAUAUACCGUAUAUUUAUGAAACUAUACCUACGUACUUAGCCAGUUUAUAUUAAUUAGCAUUAAAAUAUUUUCAAAUGCAUUACUAUGUUACCCUACUCAUGUUA